CACUCUCUCACUCUCGGGGGAGAUAGAUUGUUGUUUGUUGUUUUAAGCCCGAGUUUGGUCCCACCACUCUCAGGAGAGAAGAGAAGAGAAAGCAGAAGUCCGUUAUGUCCCACUGACAGGGACUACAUGGGACGGCCCACUCCGGGGAGCAUCUGAUGGGAUUGUAACACUCUUUCCAGCUCUCUUUGUUUUCUCCCACCAAGAAUAACUCUGCUCCAUGUGUUGGUAGUGCAGCAUCACAGAGGCAACCUCCUAUGUUCAAAUGGACAGCUUUGUGUCAACUUUGCUGGACCUGAUUUUUAAAGACAGAAGAUACCCGGGGGCCAUUGUGGAAGAAUUUGGUUUGCAGCUUUGGAAGAAUUGAAGUGUUCUGUUUCCCGUUUAGGAGUACGGGGGGAAAGAAACGCUCAAGAUAAGUGUUUAUCUUGGCUAAUCUGCGGUGAGCUGAAAGGAGAUCGAGUGAGGAAGUAGUCCCAGAUGAGCACUGACAGCUAACACCAUCCUCAAUUUCACUUGAUGUGAUUCGGCCCCGUAUUAUCACUGUCAGUGAGAUGAUACGCUAACUGGUUCCUAACAGCCAAGACUCUUUGCCUUUUUAGGCUGUUCAUACACACGCACACGCUGGGCUGAACCUUUUUUAUUUUUCCUGGACAUAUCCUUAAAGCCGGGACCAAAAGCUGAACUGCCAAUUGAUUUUUUUCAGUUUGGUGCACUGAGCUGGAAGGGAAUCGCUUCUAGCUAAUAAUUUGUAUCUUAUGAAUAGAGAGAAUACUCAGCAGGUCUGACUUUUACUUUUAGUCUCGCUCCUACCAGGUGCAGCUGAUGAGACUCUUGUGUUUUGCAUGUUGGUGUUACUUUACAUUUUGUCAUUCUUGGACCUGUUUUUCUGCACUGUCAUGUUAGAGGGACCUGUCUUCCCUAGUUUGUGACAACAGACAACAAAAAGGAAUUCAGACAGCUCUCCUUUCCAGUUCCUGACAGCAUGGGGGUUUUGGUCGCUCUGCAAAAGUUCACUUUGUUUACCUCUCGCCUCCCAAAACUGCUGUUUUGAUGCCGCUCUGAACUCAACCCAACUGUUUUUGAACUGCCAAUAAAAUGAUGAACAAAGACUCCCGCUUUUCAAGGAAAAUGCACGGCAACUUCUCCACACGCAGGCACUCGUGCAUUGGUUUUGAUGUGGAGAAUGGCUUGGCAGUGGGGCGCAGCCCCCUGGACCCCCAGGCCAGCGCUGGCUCUGGCGGUCUGGUCUUACAGGCCACCUUUCCUCACAGCCAGCGGCGGGAAUCCUUCCUCUACCGCUCCGACUCUGACUUUGACCUUUCACCCAAAGGUCCUUCCAGAAACUCCUCCACUGCCAGUGACCUGGAAGAAAGCUUGAAGCACUGGGAAGUCAACUGGUUGUCAUCUCGACACACAGAAGACAUGAUUGUCACACCAUUUGCACAGGUCCUCGCCAGCCUGAGGACAGUCCGAAGUAACUUUGCCGUCAUAACCGACCAGCAAGAUCGCACAGUCAGCAAGAUGCGAUCCUCAGGCAGCAACCCGCCAUCCAUGUGCAAGACCAGCCUCGCAGAGGAGCCUCACCAGCAGCUGUCCAUAGAGACGCUAGAUGAGCUGGACUGGUGUCUGGAACAACUAGAGACACUGAAAACUCGACACUCUGUCAGCGAGAUGGCUUCCAACAAGUUCAAGAGGAUGCUGAACAGAGAGCUCACCCAGCUGUCAGAAACCAGUCGUUCAGGGAACCAGGUGUCUGAGUUCAUCUCUAGCACCUUCUUAGAGAAGCAACAUGACAUGGACAUCAUGUCUCCCCCCACCAAGGAGAAGGACAAGAAGAAGCGGCCCAUGUCCCAGAUCAGCGGUGUGAAGAAGGCCACCCACAGCCCCAGCCUCGCCCCCUCCACCAUCCCUCGCUUUGGGGUCAAUGCCAGCCAGGAAGGACUCCUAGCCAAGGAGUUGGAGGAUGUUAAUAGAUGGGGUAUUGACAUCUUCAAGGUCUCUGAGUAUUCUGGGAAUCGCCCACUGACGGUCACCAUGUACACCAUCUUUCAGGAACGUGACCUGCUGAAGUCCUUUAAGAUUCCAGCGGACACUUUCAUUACCUUCAUGAUGACUUUGGAGGAUCAUUACCAUGCCGACGUGGCCUACCACAACAACAUCCAUGCUGCAGACGUGGUCCAGUCCACGCAUGUCUUACUGUCCACACCUGCUCUGGAGGCUGUGUUUACUGAUCUGGAGAUCCUUGCCGCUCUGUUUUCAAGCGCCAUCCAUGAUGUGGAUCACCCUGGAGUUUCCAAUCAGUUUCUCAUCAACACCAACUCAGAGCUGGCCCUGAUGUACAAUGACUCGUCGGUGCUGGAGAAUCACCAUCUGGCUGUUGGCUUUAAGCUUCUGCAGGAAGAUAACUGUGACAUCUUUCAGAACCUCGGCAAAAAGCAGAGACAGUCGCUGCGCAAAAUUGUCAUUGAUAUGGUGCUGGCCACAGAUAUGUCUAAACAUAUGAACCUCCUGGCAGACCUGAAAACCAUGGUGGAGACCAAGAAAGUGACCAGUCUAGGAGUCCUACUGCUGGACAACUACUCAGACCGCAUACAGGUCCUUCAGAACAUGGUGCACUGUGCAGACCUGAGCAACCCCACCAAGCCUCUCGAGUUGUACCGGCAGUGGACGGACCGCAUCAUGGUGGAGUUUUUCACCCAGGGGGACAGGGAGAGAGACAAGGGCAUGGAGAUCAGCCCCAUGUGUGACAAACAAAACGCCUCAAUAGAGAAGAACCAGGUGGGAUUCAUUGACUACAUUGUUCAUCCUCUGUGGGAGACGUGGGCCGACCUCGUCCACCCAGAUGCUCAGGAGAUCCUGGACACACUGGAGGAUAACAGAGAAUGGUACCAGAGCAUGAUCCCCCACAGCCCCUCGCCCCAUCCAGAGGACCAGCAGGACGGAGCCCAUGCCGGGGAAUCCUCAGCGCUCAGUGGUGGCUCUAUUUCGGCCGACAAGUUCCAGUUUGAGCUGACAUUGGAAGAAGAGGGAGAGUCUGAUACAGAGAGUCCACCUGAGGAAGAGGAGGGCUCUAGCGGCAGUAGGGGGCCUGAACUCUCCAGAACAGAUUCUGGCAGUGGAUUUGAUGCAGUAUCUGCUACGACUCUCCUGCUCACCAAAAAGCUCUCCACUGAUUCAGACAGGACGUUUUCUUUAGACUCUGAUAAAGAUAUGGCAGAAGACCGAGAAACAGACCAGGAAGGCGUCUCCGGGGUAUCACGCUUCAGACUUGGCACAUAGCACCUGUCAAAAGUUGUAUUUCUUUUGGCCUUUUGUUUAUUUUUCUCGAUUUCGGUGCCUCCUCUGUCACUCCCCUUCUCCCGCUCCAACCAAGCUCCACCAACUCUAGUUUCUGCAGUCAGGGUGACAGCAAGCCUCGGGUUGGGGAGUGCACGUGGGUGUGGGGGUGUCAAGAAAGUCUGCAGUUUUACACAGCAGUCAUUUCCACCGGAGGGAGACAGAUAGACUGAGUCACUGUUCUAAUAGAGGACCAGUCCUUUGUGGUCUGUGUCUCUCAGUCAGACAUAUACUGUGGAUAAAGUUCUACAGACACGAUCAGAUGUUUAAAACAAAUCUUUUACCAGCCAACUCAAGCUCUACUACAACAAAUGACGGAGCUGUCUUCCUCUUUUGUGAAGGAAGUGAGGAAGUGAUGAAUGAGUGAAAAAAAAUGAGUGAAAACACGACAACAUCUUGUGAGACAUCUUGCCAAACUUACAAUUUACAGGGACAAUGCUGCUUUGCCUGCUUUUUUAGUGUUUGUUUAUUCUGUUAUCUUUUAUUUACGUCCACAUGCAGUGAAAUGCAGUAAAUGAAGAUACAGUAAAUAGAAGACUUGUAUAAGUGUAAGCAAAGUAUUGGCAGAAAGGAGCUAUGCCUGAUUUUAUGCAGGAAACUUUAAAUGUAGCAGACUUUUUGAGUGACUCUAUCAUUAUUAUUGUAUAAGUAGCACUCCUUUCAGCUGGUGUUGCACAGCCCAUUUAAUUGUGUUCAGCAAGCAGUAGUUUCAGAAAAACAUGACUAUAAUAAAGUGGCUGGCAGAACAUAUUAUUUUGAGAUUUUCGGUUGUUUUAGGCUUAUUAUUUCCAUUUUUAUAAUCCUUAACUAUAUAUUGUUCAGCGACAAAACUGAGCCAGGGUCAGUGAAGUGUUAUACAGUCAAGGAAUUACAUCCAAAGCAAUGUGGGCUGUGCACAUGGUGCCUCCCAGUGUUGACAAGUGGAACUGAAGUUCUAGCAUUGGAGGUAAAUAAUUAGCAAGGUUUUGCAUAGGCCUGUAUGGAAAAUACAUUUAAAACGUAUUUAACUGUAGGACUACCCAAAAUAUCAGUUAUGUUUCAGUUUUAUUUCUCUUAAAUUUUUGUUGUUUGUUUGUUUUAUUUCAAGUCACUCAUUUUGACAUUCUUAGUAUUUGGCACCCAUUUUAUCAGUUUGCCUUCAAGUUAUGCACUUUACAGUUUUGUUCAUAACUAGCCCUCAUUGUGGUUUUUAAGGGCUUGAGCCAAAACAUGAACACUUUGGAGGCUGUUGACAAAAACAACAGCUUGUCCAUCCAUGGCUGUCAAGCAACCAGCACAGACAUUAUGCAAAAAGUAAAUGCUGCAGUACAGCUGUGAAUGCAUUAAACUAUCCAUUGAAAUCCAUUUCCGUUACUACAUAAUGUGUUACUACACAGCAUCCACCUACUAAAAUGUCCUUUAUGGAAACAUUCACUUGCAUACAUUACUAGAUGAUAAGGGCAGUGUGUCGGAAGCACAAGGGUUGCAAAAAAAGAAUGUUAGCAUCGUUGUAACUGCAAAAAUAUAAAAAUAAUCCAGGAGACAGUUUCAUAUGGCAGAUUUUUUUUUUUUUCAUCUUUUUUCUCUCAUUGAUCAAUAUUUCGCUCUUCACAGGGACAUAGUCAAUGACAAAACAAGUGCCAAGCAAGCAUGACACAACCCGUACUGUAAUUUCCAUUUUGCCACUGGCUACUUUCCAUCAGUGACUGAUAAAGUUGGUUGAUUGUAGCGCCCUGUGUGCCAAUCUGACCCGAGUGUCUGUUCCUUUUUUUUCUAACUCUUUUCCUUUUUGUUCAAACAGUAACUGAAACUGACAUUUUCUUAAAACAGUGAUGUGUUUUAUGCGUGUGCGAGUGAAUGACUGGGUCGACUUUUUUUGAUGUAUUUGCUAAGAAAAAAACCAAAGCACUUUGUACGGUACUUUUACAGUUCUGCACUUCCAGUACAGUUGAACAUGUAUGGUGACUGUUUCACUGUUUGUUUUUUUCUGUUGGCAAAUAGCCUGGUGGUUGAGUUGAAUUGCACGGGCUGGACCACUACAGCUCUUAAAGGUCAGAUGUUGGAGGGACUGAAGUUCUUUUUUAUAAUUGACUGCACACAAAAAAAUGUGUUUUGUUGAAAUGCAUGACAUUGGCUGCAGGAUUUAAAGAACUUUUUUUUGUAUUACCAUGAAACAGAGUAAAUCAUGUGUUAAUUAAUGUGUGAACAAGCUGAAAAGUUUUUUGACGCCUUAUUUUCAAACCUGGGAUUUUUUUUUUUCUGGUCAUAGAUGUGUUCACUGUCAUGCUGGAUUAAACAUGUGCAAUCCUUUCUGUAGCCAUAAACAGCACCACACAGACCAACACUCAAGGAUGCCUUCAACAUUAAGGUCUAUUUAACAACUUAACGAGCACAACAUGCGAAUAUUCAGUCUGUCUCUCUGCAUGUCACUGUUUGAUUUUGUGUAUUUUCCUCACAGUUCUUCGUGUACAGUUUAUUUAUUAUUUCUAUAUUAUCUGUCAGAAUCGAUGGAACGGUAGACUUCUUUUAGUCUGAGGUUUAGUAUAGAUUGAUGUGUAGAAAGUCACACAGGACAUAUUUCGACUAUAACUCAGCUUUUUUUCCUUUUCAUUACUUUAUUGUCUGCAAAUAACGUGAUACAUAAGCAAAAAUACUCACUUUCAUUUUUUUCUUGGUAUAAAAAUAGUUUAGUGGCAGAUUUCCGUAUGAGUUUUCUGAAACAUCUCUCAUCUCCUGUCUUCCUCAGUUUCCACUGAUCUGAACAGAUCUUACAGUAAGACGUGUUUGAUUCACAGCGAAGAUAAUAUAGUCACACAGCGUCAAGUCAUCCUAGAUCUGUAUUUCCGUUCUUAGAGAUAAUAGAAUGAGGAUCAUGAACUAAAGACUGCAGCUUUGACAAUCCAAACUGUUAGCCCUCUCUCCAACUAGAACUGUAUGCCUUGCCAAUAAAAGAAAAAGUAUUCACUCUU